AUGUACACGGGUAACUGUGAUUCGUGGGAAAGAGAUAAGAAUGAGACUGGAAACAUAAAGCGUGUCAUACGAUCUCAAAAUCGUGUUAUUGUUGAAGGCAAGAAUAAGAUCAAGAAGCAUAUAAAGGGAGUCCCUGAUCACGAAGGUGAAAUUUUCACGGUAGAGGUUCCUUUUCACGCCUCAAAUGUCCAAGUUAUUGAUCCACUCACUAAGAGGCCUUGUAAGGUUGGUGUAACUACAACUUAUAAAGUAAGAGUAGCUAAAGGCACAGGCACAUCUGGUUUUAUUAUUCCUCGCCUAGAGAUUCUAAAGAUAAGGGCAACACCAAGACCCACUACAGCUGGUUCUAAAGACACACCAAUAGAGUUUGUAUGGGAGCAGACAUUUGAUGUUAAAACAGGAAAGGGCAUGCCUGAUCUUUGA